AUGCCUCCCCAAUCUUCAUCAACACUUCCAGGAUACGUCGCCAUCCGUGAUAUCCUGGAUGGGAAAAUUGCAAACAAGGCUUUAGUCAAUGUGUACGGCCUUGUUUCCGGUUUUCGUGAGGCGAUGCAAACAAAAGGGAAAGACUACAAAUGUCAGGUUCGACUCUUCGACUCAUCUGUGGAUGAUGAUGGCUUAAUUGUCUUCGACAUCUUUCGUCCGAAAGAAGACCUACCGAAUCCCGGCCUCGGUGAUGUAAUGCUAAUCCGUCAAGCAAAAGUUCAAUCAUUUGGGUCUGGUGGCCCAUCUCUCUUGAGUACUUAUAACACGAAGAUCUCUCAAUAUAAAGCCUCCAAAAUUCCGAGAAGCCCUAGCGAAGCUUCAUGCGCUCUCUGUCCACCAAGUAGCGUCAAAGACACGGCGCCAGGCAAUAAGGAGAAUGCUUUCGUGUCUGCAAUGUAUCACAGGAUUGACAAGAGUCGAUUACCUAGUGAAGAAACGUUUGAGACCAUGGUUGUUGCGUCACGGAACGUCAAAGACAAGUUCAAACUCCUUCAAGAUAUCCAAGAGGGAUGUUUCUGUGACAUCGUUGCCCAGGUCGUUCGGCCACCCCACGAUGGCGGAGACAAGAUGACUCUAUGGGUUUCCGAUUAUACAGAGAACCCAUUGUUUCACAACUUUUCUGUCGGCUUCGACGAAUCCCCUAUCGGCCGAGAUGGUGAUCCAUUUGGCUAUACCGACAAGUACACUACGGCUGCUAACCCACCGAGCUGGCCGGGCCCUUUUGGGAAGAGAUGCAUCCAGAUCACAUGCUGGGAACCCCAUGUAACUGCACUUCGUGACCAAGAUAUGGGAACUCUCGCAUGGGUUUUGAUCAAAAAUUUGCAAAUCAAACUAGGGCACAGUGGUGCCAACCUGGAGGGAUUCUUGAGAGAAGAUCGUGAUCCGUAUGGACCAAAGAUUAGUAUUCGUAUGGUAGGAUCGAAUCCCGACUCAGAGAAUUUCGAUCCGCGUGCGAAGGAGGGCUUGCAAAGAAAAAGACAAUACGAGCGCUUAAGAAAAGGGCAGGCCAGAGAAAUCAAGGAGGCCUUGAGGGUCGGACAAAAGCGCAAGCAUGGCGUAGAGUCGAAAUCCGAACCAAAAAAAGGCAACUCAAAGUCGAGGCGCAAUGAAAAACGAUCGAAAAGCAGAGCCAACAAACAAGGUGAGGCCAGAGAGCCUACAGAACAGGGUGUGGUCCCCUUCAUGGACCUAAACAUGAAAUGCGAAAAUGAAGACAAGCCGGCUAGUUCGAUUGCCGAAAUCACAAAGCUUGUCCAACAUGAAACUACUGUCGAUGAUGACCUUGUAAAACUUCCUCUGCCCUUUGUGAACUUGAACUACAGAGCAAACGUUCGAGUUGUCGACUUUUCACCAUCAAACCUUGCAGAUUUCGCCUAUCCGAAGAAGGAGUCAGAGUAUGAGGACCUUUCCGAUGACGGUGAAGAGUCGCCGUCCAACAGCGAAACUGAAGCUGAAGAUGAACAGCUAAUCCAGAGAACGCUGGAUGAUUUCUCCGGGGCGCGAAACUGGGAGUGGCGUUUCUUUUUGGAGCUUGAGGACGCUGCAGUUGCUGAGAACCAUAAGAAACAGAAACUUUGGGUGGCAGUCGACAACCUAUCUGCUCAAUUACUUACUGGGCUCGAUGCAUGCAACUUGAGACGAGAUAAGCAGGCCCUGGUAAAGCUCCGCGACAAGAUGUUUACGCUCUGGGGAAAUCUGGAAGAGAAAAAGGCCGCUGCUCAGGAAGCGGCAAGAAAGGGGAAACCUCCAGAUGAUAGCGACGAUGACGAUCAACAGCAGCCCGAGCCAAAGAACUACGGCAAAACGCAACUCACAAACCGGGCAUUUCCAUGUUGCAUAAAGCAAUACGGUAUCAAAGUUACCGAGCCAGAACCGUCACAAGCUAACGCAGGGAAUGGGAAACGCUGGCAGAGAAUGUUCCAACUUUUUGGCGCCAGGAUUGUUGGAGAAUAG